AUGGAAGUUAAGACUUUUCAACAAGUACCCCUCAAUAUUAACAAAAACUUUGAGGAGGAAGAUGCUCGAAUAGAGGGACUGAGAAAGCAGCUAUUACUUUAAAAUAACAAGUCAUAUGGUAAUCCAAGUAGAAUAGACACGAAACUAGCUUAAAACUUCAAGUAAAGUUCGAUGAACUCUGAAAUAAAUGAAAGUCAAGGGGUUUCAAAGACUUUAACAGUUAACAAUAACUAAAUUUAAAUGAGAUAUAAUGUCAAUAAACUUCAUGGAGGCAACUAAAUUCAAUCCUAAUAGUACAAAGUCAAUUAAAUAAGACCGGAGGAUAAGUUGAAAGUUGGGGGAGUCACCCAAACAUCUCCAACUUUACUGAAUGGUAAAAUUAGUAUGGGUGAAAAUUACCAGAAAGGUGAUAAUUUAGUUAAAGCCUUACAGAGUGUUUCGAUUUAAUCUCCUAUAGACCAAGGAUUAAUGGGAAUUAAUUUAGGGAACAUGCAAUUAAAAUAGGGUGUAAGGCUAGGCGAGAAUACCACCCAUGGUUUAAGAGUUAUUGGUUAAGGUGGGGAAUAAGGGACUAAUUAGUAAAGCAUUAGGUAUUCUCGUAAGGAAUAUCUGUAAAACUUUGCCAAUAGAAAUCUUACCAUUGUUAACAGACAGUAGUAGAACUUUUCCUAGCCAACUAAUUCUAGCAUUGUUAACUAGGAAAAUAUAAACGAACUGAGCAGAAGAGAUAUGAAUAAUGAAUAUAAGACUCCAAUAUAAGCAUCGAAAGAACCGCCUAACUUCAACAAUAAUAUGAAUUAGCUUAUUAUACAGGAGAAUCAAUCAGACAUAAGUUAGGCAUACCAAACUGAUUAUAUAACAAAGUAAAGUAUCCUAAGCUCAUCCAAAAUAGGAAGCACACGUGAUAAGAUAAGUAUGUAGGCAAAUACAAAGAAUCCCUUGUCCUUGCUUAUUGUAGACUAGCAAGAGAGACCAUUUUCUAAUAAUAGCAAUGGACUUUGGUCCCCUAAAACAAAUUACUCACAAGCAUAAAUAGUUGGAAUCGUUCCAUAGGUACCUUAAAGAAAUGUUUCUAUCCAUAAUAAAUCAAGAGGACAACUCUUAAUUGGUGGAUAACAACAAAAUCAAUUCGAUGAGAUGAAUAAAAAUUUGCUAAGAAACAACUACCAAUCCUUUUCAAGUGAAAACAAUCUGCACAAGAAGGUAUUCCUAAAUCCCAUUGGCAGACAAAAUAGUCAGAUAAAGAGUAAAAUCAUAAUCUCAGAUAAAAACACUGUCAAUAAUCUUUCAAAGAAGGUCCGAUGA